AUGGUGUGGCUGUGUAUUGCCAUGUGCUGGCUGUGGACAAGCCAAGGACGGUGCACAGUGACGCCAAACACCUCAGGUUUAAUUGAAUACACAGCUGAUGGCUUCUUGGAGAAACUGAACUCCGGCAAGACACUCUUCGUCUACUUUGGGUACCACGUCUCUCCCACCAUCUCUCUCUUCUUAGCUCAGUUGGAGAAGUCUGCAGUGGCGCUGCAUGAUUAUGGGAUAUCGGUUGCUAAGGUAAACUGCAGUCAAGAGUGGGUUGUCAAAUUCUGCACCGGAGAGAAAAUCAUGAAGAAAGCCUUUCUUUUCAGGAGCACUGAGUUACUGAAGAGUUUUGAUGUGGACAUAGUGUUUGACAUCAAUGCCAUUGUCUCACACACACUGUUUGCCAUUCUCUUUGAUGAGUUAAGGUAUGUUUGGUCAGACGCUGAUCUUCAGGCUUUGGAGAGGACAGCCAGAGGGAAGACGGACAUGGUGCUGGGAUAUGUCCAGAUGCUGGGAACCCAAGAACACAGGGCAUUGAUGGAGACAGUGUUUGUGCAUGGAGCCAAGUAUCAGUUCAUUCUCACAAAUGGAGGGCCAAUCCUGGAGCACCUGGGGGUUAGUCCGUCCUUGCAUUCGUCAGGGGUUUGGUUCCUUCACUGUAGGGUUCACAGUAGCUUUAUGAACCUGAUGACUUCUGACCGAUGUCCUGUGACCCCUAUGAGGAAGUCAUUGUCCACCCUCAGCCUCUACUCCUUCUUGCAGCUCAUGGAAGCCCCACUAGUGUCGGAAGUGUAUGAAGACCCGUUCUCGGUCCAGCCACCACAGCCUCCCCAUCUCCAGACCCCCCAGCUCUUCCUCUUCUCUCGGCCCAGUACUGAGCAGCUGGACCUGGAGAUGGCCACCACGCUGGCAUGGAGGCUGCGAGGCCUUGCACUGCUGGUGCUGGUACACAGGGAGAGUCCAGCAGUACAGACUCCUGAGGAAUAUAACGUAGCAUACAGGCUCGCGGGGCAGGGCUCGGCGGUGAAAUAUUUGACCUUGACCAACCUUGAAGAAGUCAUGGAGCUUUUCACAGACCAAGAUGGAGAGGAUGAAUGGGGUCAGGAGGAAGAAGAUGAAGAAGAGGAAGAAGAGGAGGAAAACUGGGCAACACUUGAUUUCUUGGAUGAUGAGAUUGGGGAAUCUGUCUACAGAAAUCGGGGCAGUUCUCGGGACAUGGAUUCAGUUACCCAGCUGACUGCUGACAACUUCCACACUGCAGUAGCACAAAACCGCCUCACGGUGGUGCUCUUCUAUCUUAAAUGGGAUGCUGUUUCCAUGGCAUUUCUCAGCUCUUUCAUUGAUGUAGCAGAGAGAAUUUUAGAGUCAGAGGUUCCAGAUGUACAGAUGGCUGUGGUCGACUGUGGAGAAUGGACAGAUCUCUGUGCUGCUUCACCACAUAGCUCUCAGCCAAUCACGGCCUUCCCCAGUGUCCUGCUGCUACGACCCCAGGAGCCAAGCCAGCGCUACAGUGGCAUGCUGGGAAGUGAAGCACUACAUAGAUUCAUCAUGCUGAGUGAUUUGCCGUGCCCUGUCCUGCUCUCCAGCCAAGAGGAAAUGACAUCAUUCCUCCAGGGCAGGCCCGGCCCUGACAUGGGUGUCUCCAGCCCUGACAUGGGUGUCUCCGGACCUGGCAGGGUGUUGGGGCUGUUUCAGACAGAAACUCAUGAAAGUGUAGCAGUGUUCAUCAGAGCAGCCAGGUCAUUGAGAGGCGAGAUAAUGACUGGACUGCUGACAGACAGGCUGGCAGAGAAAUGGGCUAUGGAUCACUCUGUGGAGCUGCCCAUCGUGCUGGUAUUUCAGUCUUCCAUGAGCAACACACGCCCCUCUACCCUCCUCCUACCUUCCUCAUCUGAAGAGCUGCUCACACACCUACACACUGCACUGCUCCACACAUUGCCUGAGCUGACAGUAGAAAACCUGCCAUCCUACCUCUCUCUGGAGAAACCCCUGCUCCUCCUCUUCGUUGGGGAGGAGGAGGAUGAGAGGGUCAGGCGGGAGAAUGAGGCGGCCAUACAGGAGAUGAGAGGUGUGUUGGAGAGCAGAGAGAGGGAGGUGGAGAGUUACCUGGCCUGCUGGAUUCACCCAGGCCGUACCCCAGCCGGUAUAUCUGUCCUUGAAUCAUACCUUGGCUCCCUACCCCCCCUUCCUGCUCUGGUCCUGUCCCAUCUGCCCAGCGGAGGUGAGCUCUAUCACUACUCUCCCAACACCCCCAUUGAGACACGCUUCAUCCUGCAGUGGCUACAGGAUAUAGAGGAAGGACAGCAACCUCCUGCAGGAAAGAUACUGGACAAUCACUGGACUCCCUUAGUUCCCUUUUAUGAUUUCCUGUCAGUCAUGGACCAGGAAAUACCGGAGUAUGCCCAGCAGCGAACUUCCAAAUCCAAAGAGAAGAAAUACGAGAAGGAGGAAGAUGAAAAGCAGAGGAGUGGGGAAGGAGGUAAAGAGGAAGAUGAUGCACAAGUGCAAAGGGAAGCUGGAGCCGAGCCUUCCACACCCCUGCCGCACUCCGAGUUAUGA